AUGGUCGACUCGCAGCCGCCGAACGCGUCUCCGGCACCGGGGGAGAAUAAUAAAGACACUGGAUACAUCGCAGGCGAUGAUGCGUGGACACAAUGGCGGAACAUCUUCGCUAUAAUGACCGGGAAUAUGACCGAUAAAGGCAAGGAGCAGUUCUUCCUCGCACGGGAUAUACGGAAUGAAGCGGAAGACUGCAAGCGCUGCGAAACCCAACGCGACUAUCUGCUGCAGUACAGCCCAGUCAUCCGCUUCCUCAGCGACAACAUUAGGCAGCUCGGAGGCGACCUGUCAAGCCAUAAUAUCUACUGCCGGCGAUGUCCGGAUCGCAAAGGCGGAGGCUUUGAUCCUGAGUAUGGGAUACUGGUGUGCGCCAACCAUAUGAAGGACCAGGGUCAUCUGGAAGAUACAAUGGCGCACGAGAUGGUUCACGCCUAUGAUCAUCUCAGAUUCAAGGUCGACUGGGCAGAUAACCUGCGUCAUGCGGCAUGUGCAGAGAUCCGUGCCAGCUCUCUGAGUGGAGAGUGCCGAUGGGCUCGAGAAUUCUUCCGGCGAGGCCAAUGGAAAUUCACACAGCAGCAUCAGGAGUGCGUGCGGAGGCGAGCCAUCCUUUCGGUCCGAGCGCGCCCCGGCUGUCAAGAUGAGAAACACGCCGAGAAGGUGGUCAACGAGGUGUGGGAUAGCUGUUUCAGAGAUACUCGGCCUUUCGAUGAGAUUUAUCGAUAG